GGCUGCAGGAGUUUUGCUGCAAAAUGAACUACCAUACUCUUCGUUGCUAGAGAGCAGUGUGUAUCUUGCAAAUAUGAGUUCAGGUAAUGAUUUGCUCACUUAUGCUAUUCAUAUAAACAGCUUAAAUAAAUUCUGAAAAAGAAGCAAUUUUCCACCGGGGAAAAAUGGACAUUAUUCCCAAAUUUUAAGCAUAAAAUGUCUAUAACAAAAACUGUGUGACUUCUCAUUGCCACGAUGUGUUAAGAUGUCAAACUUUUCAGUAACUUUCAAUUUGCCAAGUCUCUUGCUUAAAGAAAUGGUUCCAUGUUCAGAAGCUGCCUAGCUCUCUGAAGGCACAAAAAAGCUUCAACAAAAAAACCCUCUCCAAUAUUGAAAGUUUCUGGGUGAGUACUUGCAAAUCAUGCUAGAUUCAGUGGAAAAAUAAUGGUAUGUAGCAUUUUCACUUGCCCAUCUCUGGCUCCAUUAUCACUUGAUAUAUGCAGGAGAAAAAAAUCUGGGAAGAAAAAGAGUUAAGAAUUAAAUGUGAGAAAGAAUGGAAUUAACUCAAAAGCAUUUUUUGUUUGUUUGUUUGCUGGACGUAGGCAGCACUUGAAGAACCUUUUUCAUCUCCUUCCCUUCUCUUCAACCUGAUGCCAUGAAUAAAAGCAUUUUUAAGUAUUUCCCCAUCUUCUUAUAUCGGCUUCAUUAGGAUAGUCAGAUCUUUGAGUUUUAACAUUCUCCUUUUCACAUACGACAUCACCACAGAUGUUUCCAGAUGCCUCGUUUCUACAGAAAUCCUUACUGUGUCUUAAGAGUGUUCAAUAUUCAGUCACUCACUCCCUGUUCAAUACCUGGAAGAAACAGCAGAUUUUUGCCUCAAGAUUUUGUAUCAAAAAAGAGCCUUCUCAUACACAAUUCCUCUUUAAGGAUUACUGUUUCCAUAACACAAAAGGAAAAAUCAGACUGAAGUAUACAUCCUAGGGAAAACACAGUGGGAUUUUGUUAAUUGACCAAAGCUAUGGUGAGUUUUCCUCAUCUCCCUGCUCUCUCUCCCCCUUUAACACUCAGACAAUUGGACGACUUUAAAAAAAAAACACAGCCACAUUUCUGUAAUCUGUUCUCCACAUAAGUUGCUUGAGAAUGUUGUGCUUUUGAGAACGCAGUAAUCUUUCUGGCCAGCUCAUUCUCUUUCUUAGCACACUGGCAGCAAAGUGGGAGGCAAUUUGCCACCUAAUAUCUACCUUCAAAAGCCUGAAGCACUCAACUGAUGCAUCUUCUCCUCCCCAUAAUCUGCUUUAUCUCACUCCGUAGGGCUAACAGCUCUGGUUAAUAAAAGAGCUGUGCCCUGAAAAAAAAUAAGCCUUUUGUUUUGAGUAACAAAUUGUGUUUGUUAGAAGAUAUGAAUGGUCCAGAGUGAACAGUCUACAAUUCAUCGCGUAAUGAGCCAUUUCAGUAGGAGCACACUAAUCCCAAUUAUUACAGAGCUAAUGAUGCAUUUUGCAGCAGCUCAGCGGAGGGAGAGAGGUGGUUGUGGAAUGUAAAACCAGGAGGUGGGGGUGUAUAAUGUACUUACAGAUUUCUCAGGAAGCAGAGCCUCCAAAUACAUUUUGAUUGUUCUCUUGAAUAUACUAUUUUGUGUCUCACUGAGUUCUGAAUGUAUGUUAUUUACAACUAACUAAAAUACUCACAUUGUUUAUAGAAAAAUGUUUUGGUUGUUCCCAGUCCAUUUUCAAAAUUAUCUACUUGAAAUGCAACUAUUUUCAUCAGCUGCGGAACACUUUGUCCCAAACAGAAUCAAUUCAUAUAGAAUGUCACUGCCACGGGGCUGGCUGGCAGCAGAGCCCUCAUUGUUUGUCACUAUGGAGACAGCUCAGCCCAUGCUGACUAGCUGCUCCAGCAGACGGAGGGAUGCGCAUCUCGCUGCAACUUCAGCGCUGAGCAACUUGGCUUUCAGACCCGUGCCUGCUCAGCUGUCGCUGGGGCUGGUCAUCAUGCAGGGCUCACCCCGACGGCGCUCAGCAGUGAGUAUUUUUAGCCACUUUUUCCAGGGUCGGAGGCAUUCUUCCUCCGAUCCCCUUCUUCGCAUCAUCCAGAGGCGCCGGAGCUCAGUUGUAGAGGUUCUCUCAUCAUCGACGCACCGGGUGAUGGUGGCGAUAUCGUCGCUGAGCCCCGAGGAGCUGGAUGCAACUUUUCCUGAGAAAAAAAGUAAAGGAAGUUCAAGGCGGCCAACAGCAAAAUACACAAAAGUGGGGGAGCGCCUUCGCCACGUCAUCCCUGGGCACAUGCAGUGCUCGAUGGCAUGCGGUGGUCGUGCGUGCAAGUAUGAGAAUCCGGCUCGAUGGAGUGAUCAGGAGCAAGCUAUUAAAGGGCUCUACUCUUCUUGGAUAACAGAUAACAUACUGGCUAUGGCUCGACCCUCGACAGAAUUAAUUGAAAAGUACAACAUCAUUGAACAGUUUGAAAGAUGUGGCAUAAAAACCAUAAUUAACCUGCAGCGUCCUGGGGAGCACGCGAGCUGUGGGAAUCCACUGGAGCAAGAAAGUGGCUUCACCUACCUUCCUGAGGCAUUCAUGGAGGCUGGCAUUUAUUUUUAUAAUUUUGGAUGGAAGGAUUAUGGAGUGGCAUCUCUUACUACUAUACUUGAUAUGGUAAAAGUCAUGGCUUUUGCGCUGCAGGAAGGCAGAGUGGCUGUUCACUGUCACGCGGGACUUGGACGCACAGGUGUUCUAGUAGCUUGCUACUUAGUUUUUGCAACAAGAAUGACUGCUGAUCAAGCCAUUCUUUUUGUCAGAGCAAAAAGGCCUAAUUCUAUUCAGACCAGAGGGCAAUUACUGUGCAUCAGAGAAUUCACUCAGUUUUUGAUUCCUCUCAGAAAUGUCUUUGCUUGCUGUGAGCCCAAGGCACACAGGGUGACGCUGUCCCAGUACCUGACCCGCCAGAGACACCUGCUCCAUGGUUACGAGAGCAGGCACCUCAAACACGUGCCAAAACUCAUUCACCUAGUGUGCAAGCUGCUGCUAGACUUGGCUGAAAACAGACAAGUGGUAGAGGCAGAACUCUUAGACAUAGCAGAUCUCUCAGCUGAAAUUGAAAAGACUGUCUCCCAGCUGGUGUCGACACAGCUGGAUGGAGACCUUGCCAGGCAGGACAGUGACACGUCGGACUCCUCGCACACCCACUCGGCCACUUGUGACACACAGGAUUCUCUAUUCUCCCUUGCACAUGAAUGUGAUCCUCUUUGGAAAAGGAGGAACGUCGAAUGCCUUCAGCCUCUGUCUCACGUGAGGAGGCGUCUAAGCUACAGUGACUCAGACUUAAGGAGAACUGAGUUCCUCCUAGAGCAAGGAGAAACAGCAUGGACGGUACCUGCUCAGAUAUUACUGUGCAACAAACUUAAGCAGAACAGUGGUGAGGAGAGUUCUGCCACAGACGAACAAAAGCCACAGCUGGAUUUAAACAAAGAAGCAUUAGUGCGUAAUACGUGUACAAUCUGGAGUCAGACUAAGAUUAAUUUGGAUGGACAGAAAGAUGGAUCUUUACUUUAUCAGAGAAGGAACUCUACCAAAGAAGUACAACGCAGCAGAACUUUUUCUUCAGGUCUAGCAUCUCUCCACUAUGCCACAGAGCCUGGAACACCAAGGCAUAAUUUCACCAAUGAGGUUGGCCAUAGGAAGGAACAUGAGACUCGUGUGUACAGCAGAAGAGUCUACGUCUCUGAGGACUCUGAUUCUUCUUCUUCUUCUAAAGUGAACUUUUCCAUUGGAUGUGAAAGCCAAGGUAGCAAAGAUCCGUCAGAGGCAAUUCCACACAUUGUUCUGCAGUCAGAAUUAAGUUUGGAAGCUCGAAGAGUUUUAGCAGCAAAAGCACUUGCAAAUAUAAAUGAAUUUCUGGAAGAGGAUGAAGUGAAGCAGAAGGUAGAAAUGUGGCAGAAAGAACUGAAUUCUCGAGAUGGAGCUUGGGAUAAAAUCUCUACCGAGAGAGAUCCUUUCAUCCUCUGUAGCUUGAUGUGGUCCUGGAUAGAGCAACUGAAAGAGCCUAUUAUAUCCAAAGAUGAUAUUGACAUGCUGGCAAAAAAUUCCGUAGAAGCACAAGAUGCACUUAACUUACUGAAAAAGGAACAGUGUCAGACUAUCCUUUGUAUUUUACACUGUGUGGUGAACUUGCAAACGCUACCAGCUGAUGUGGAGGAGGCCUUACUUAAUCGUGCUAUUAAAGCUUUCACUAAGACAAGCUUCGAUUCUGAAGAUGGACCAUAUGUUUACAAUACCCUGAAAAAAGUAUUUAAGCAAACACUGGAAGAAAAAAGAAAAAAGCUGAAGGGAGGAACAGAGAAUCCCUCUUGAUUUCUGCACAGUGAUGCUGAAGGAUUAGAUGGCUCUACCAAAUUAUUUUGCAUUUUCCAGCUACUGUAAUUUGUGCUAUUUUGCAUGAUUUACCUAAUGUUAGGUGGCAGCCAUUCUUAACAAAACACUUUAUUUUUUUAGAGGGAGUUUUACUGUGAACUGUUCUAUCUACAUGGUUCUAAGGAACAGCUCCUCUUUGUACUGCAGCUUUUUGAUUUCUAGUACUGUUUUAUUUUAUGAAAUGUUCACUUGUUUUUAGCUGUAUUUAUUAUUUAGAAACCUCUGUAAUUGGCAAGCUAUGCUUUGUACAAGUUACACAGUUGCCAUAAAUUAUGUGCCAUGGUACAAAAAGUUUGAAUGGAUUGAGUUACUGUUUAUGUAUUCAGUAUGUUUACAUUAAUGUUACUUGAUUUUUCUUUGAGGACAAUAAAUACUGACUGAAAUAACUCUCCUUUUAGAAAAUUUAAAAUAAGAGAAAUAAGUAACAGAUCUUGAGGUCUCCUCUUAACAGCAGAUGAAAUAAUUGCCACCAGUGCUUUCCUCAGAGGUGCUCCACUAGAGAAGUACAUCGCAUUCUUUAAGUCAUAAAGGUCUUAAUUUAGAAACUUUUGUCAAAAAAAAAAAGGCUU